GUUUUUUUGCUGCAAAGGUAAUUCAUGUAGCUAUGAUACAGGACACAUUGUUGAAUGUAUUUUAAUAUUCAUAGUAGACUUAACAGUUAUAUAAUAUUCUGAUAUAAUAAGAUAUAAAGUGACCAGACGUCCAAAAUCAAAAUAUGUGAUGUAGGAUAUAAGGUAAUUUAUAAAUCACACAUUAUAGAUAUAAUAAAGAAGCAGAAACAGAUAGUUGCAGUAAAAUACGAUAUUUUAGUAAUACUAGCAGAAGUAACUCGAUUUGCGCUUUGCCGUCAUGUGUGUAUGCUUCCUGAUAUCACGUGCACAAACACAAAUAACUUGUCCGGUCGAACAAUGUAUGUAUUAAAUUCAGAUUGGAUUGUGUUGAUAAUAGGCACUUAACGUUACCUAACGCUAAAAGUAAGUUUCGUGCAUUGAGCGCAUUCUUGUGCUUUCGAACUUCCUUCUGAUCUGAAUAGUAAUUAUGUGGAAAACACUUGCGAGGUCCGACGGUUAAGCAGAGCGGUUAAGAUAAAGGGGCUUGAAUAAUUAAUAAUCAAUAUAACCUUACGAAAAUAUAUUUAUUAAAUGUUAUCCACAUUAUGGGUCAUUCUUUAUUUGUGGUGGCAAGUGGUGUCCCUCUACUUUACAACAGUUGAAAUAAACUUUAAAUACCAAUAAAUUCUAAAAUUUUUGCAUGUUUGUAUUCUGUAGGAUAAAAACAAUUCAUGCACUAUUAACAAUUACAUUUUUGCUUUAAAAUACAUAUUUAAUUGAGUUUGAGAGAUUGCAUUUGCAACAAAAUAUGCAUGUUCCCACCAUACCUCAGAGAGGUAUCAUGGAUUGUAAUUGCAACAAAAUAAAAUUUUUAACACAAAUUAAGUGGUUUUAUUGUGAAUAUAGACUUUAUUUAACAUGUACAAUUUUAUUAAAUUGUUUUAAAAUAUAUAUAUUUUGUAAUAUUUAAGAAAAAAUUAGUGUCCCCCAAAUUCAUGUCUGUGGUGUUACAACAAUGGACGUCGCCCCUUUAAGAAAAGGGGGAAAUCUAUUUGGACUACUUCCUGUGUGCAAAGGUCAUUGCAGGUGCUGGUUGAUCUGAGGGGUGCAUGGUGAGUGGAUUCUUCCUUAUUAAUUUUCUUAAAAUUAGCUAAAUUUCGGACAAUUUUAUGUGUCACACUUUAUUAGUGUCUGUGGUGUUAUGUUUAUAACUUGCAGAUUUUACAUAUUUUAAUCCAAAUUUUGAUAAAUACAUACUAAUUAAUAUUUCCUAAAUGUCCCCUGGUCUUGAAAUCAUCAUGAUGACAGCCUCCAUUUUAGAAAAGACUGGAUUUAGGCUAAUUUGUCUGUGGUGUUACUGUCUGUGGUGUUACUGUCUUUCCUGGUAACACCACAGACUCUAUAGUAACUCCACAGACAAUAUACAAUCAGAAAUGAUGUAUUUUUAAUGAAACGCAUAGGACAUUCAUAAUCAUUUAAUUGUAUCUCUCUUGUCAGGUAUGGCAAGAUUAACUGCUGCUGAAAAGCAGCGUCUUUAUAGACAGCGCAGAGAUGCAGACCCAGUUCGAAGAGCAGAGUACCUUCAAAAGAAACAGCAGACCUAUGUAAAAAAUAUUCAGUGCAAAAAAAGACUGAGAAUAGGAGAUCUCUCAGAGAGGGGAAAGAGAACAGCAAGGAAGAACUGGAGAAUAUAUAAGGCAGAUUACAGGGCAAGAAAGCACAGAGAGUCACAACAGGGCACCUUGACUCCACCAGACACACCAUUAAGUUCAGAUAGUCCAAGGAGGAUACCCAACACAUCCAGGCAAAAAAUCCAUGGAAAAAAUAAAAUACACAGAGAGAGAAGGCAAUGCUACCGACAACUGAAAAAGCUGCAACAUAAACUUGAAAUGGAGGGAAAAAAAGCUGCAAAAUACAAAACAAAAUGUGCCCGUCUAAAGAAGAAAAUGCUGAAAAGGAAUCCUCAGAGCCCCACAACCAAAACAAUAAACAUUCUUAAGGGAAGCAAUGCCUCAUCACUGGUCAAAAAAACCCUUAGGUUUCACUUCUCUCUUUUAAGUGAAAUAAAGUCUAGAUAUUCUGCAUCAAAAAAAGAGAGGGUCAAACAAAUUUAUGCGCGGCUGAUUUGUGGAAAAUUGAUCAAGAAGUAUAAAUUACAGGCUUUCUGCCAAAAACAGAUUGGCUUUUCAUAUAAAAGGUGGAAAACAUGUGGGAGAGAACUGGAUUUCAUUAGACAGAAGAAUAUAAUCUCUCAAGGUCUAAGAAGCACUGUCAAACAAUUCUUUUUGAGAGAUGAUGUGAGUAGGGUUGUCACUGGAAAGAAGAACACAGUCACUGUGAGAAAAAUAAAAAAGCAAAGAAGAAUUCUCUGUGACACAAUGGUCCAUCUCCACAAGAAGUUCACUGCAGAGCAUAAGCAUGUGUCUUACUCUUUUUUUUGUGCCCAGAGACCAUUUUGGGUUACACAGCCAAAAGAGGCUGACCGGGAUACUUGCCUCUGCAAAACCCAUGAGAACUUGCAGUAUAUGGCAGACAAGCUAUUUUCACUUGGCAUCCUUAUCCAAAAAUCUGGAGGAAAUGGCUGA